AGUACUUAAGGAAGAGAUCCAAGAAAUAUCAGAUAUGCAUUCUGCCAAGGAGAAGCUACGCAACAAGGCCAGUGCGGCCAAGGAGCACGUCGACAAAUCCAAAGCCCAAGUACAAGAGAAGAUUGAGAAAGCAACAGCUACAUCCAAGGAAGAGAAAAAGAUAGCUGAAGAACGGAGGAAAGCUAAGGAAGCUGAAGCUAAGAUGGAGCUGCAUCAAGCAAAGGCGGAGCACGCGGCCGAGCGCCUGCAACCCCAUCAUCCCCUUCAUGGUCACCAUGACCCGCCGGCUGUCGGCGCCCAUGGCCGCCACCAUCACCACCACCAGCCUGUCGGAUCUGUGGAUCCGGCGACCGGAACCACAGCUUCGACAUACCCACUAGGAGGUCACGCUCCUGGACACCAUAUAUAGUAGCUAAAUAUAUAUAUAGGUGGUCAUCAGGCAUGAAAAGAGAAAAGAGAGAUUAGCAGCCGACCGUGUUCCCCUUGUUUGUUUGGGCAGUUCCCCUUGCUGUGUUUGUGAUUUGUGGGUCUGUUUUGCUUUGUACCAACACAAAAACGUUGUUUGUUGAA